UUUCUUCUUCUUCUUCCUCUCGCUUCAGUGGCGGUUUCAGUCAUCAUUCUUCAACUUUUCCUCUACCUCCCUCUGUUUUCUUUGUUUUCUCGUUCUUUUUGCAAUGGAUAAUAUUCGCGUGAAGCAAGAGAACCUAACAACUCCUAUUAUCCCGACUUCGAAACCCGCCGGGAACAGAAUCACAACCUCUGUUAUCAAUCUCUCUAGCAGCAACGAAGACGACGGCUCCGACGAUAAACCCGACGAAAUCGCCGACGCAGAAAGCGCAGACCGAACCGGCGAAUCUUCUCAUGGUGUUUCUAGAGCUCCCCCCGUCGCUGGUGAGAAGAGGGCGCGAAGUAGUGCUUCUACAGAUUCUCCGGCGAAGAGGCUAGCAGUUAUGAUACUGGACGAGGAGGUAGACGAUUGGUCUGGCCAAUCGAAUCCACCAACGGGACAAUCGAUUGUGGCUGUUCCGGCGACUCCUUACACCGUCGUUCCGCCUGCUUCGUCACAUGCUUCGUCACCGUCUUGCAAGCAAUUCUGGAAAGCUGGGGAUUACGAAGGAACAGGCGGUGGUGGUUGGGAAGUUUCUGCAGGUGGAUAUGAUCAUGUAAGAGUCCAUCCCAAGUUCUUGCACUCUAAUGCAACUAGUCACAAAUGGGCUCUUGGAGCUUUUGCAGAGCUUUUGGAUAAUGCUUUGGAUGAGGUUCACACUGGAGCUACAUAUGUUAAUGUAGACAUGCUCAUCAAUAGGAAAGAUGCAAGCAAGAUGGUGUUGAUUGAAGAUAAUGGUGGUGGGAUGAAUCCUGAGAAGAUGCGACACUGCAUGUCUCUCGGAUACUCUGUCAAGAGCAAACUUGCAAACACCAUCGGACAGUAUGGAAAUGGAUUCAAGACUAGUACAAUGAGACUCGGAGCUGAUGUUAUUGUAUUCUCACGUUUCCGUGGAAAAGAUGGAGAUAGCUUUACACAGAGCAUUGGGCUGUUAUCUUAUACAUUUCUGAAGAGCACAGGAAAAGAAGAUAUUGUUGUACCCAUGCUUGACUACGAAAGAAGAGAUUCAGAAUGGAGUCCAAUAUUACGGUCUUCGGCCAGUGAUUGGCUUAAGAACGUGGAAACAGUUGUUCAAUGGUCGCCGUUCUCUUCUGAAGAUGAUCUUCUUUCCCAGUUUAAUCUGAUGAAGGAUCAUGGCACAAGGAUAAUCAUAUAUAACCUCUGGGAAGAUGACGAAGGAAUGCUGGAACUUGAUUUUGAUAUUGAUCCACAUGAUAUCCAACUUAGAGGGGUCAAUCGGGAUGAGAAAAAUAUCGAUAUGGCUACUCAAUUCCCUAACUCUAGACACUUCCUGACAUACAAACACUCACUCAGGAGUUAUGUAUCUAUCCUAUACCUAAGAGUUCCACCUGAGUUCCGUAUCAUUCUCAGAGGAAAAGAUGUUGAGCACCACAAUCUUGUCAAUGACAUGAUGCUGACAGAGCAAAUUACUUAUCGGCCAAAAGAUGGUUCCGCUGGAUUAUCUAAUUCCACAAAUAUGUCUGCUGUAGUGACCAUUGGAUUUGUUAAGGAUGCAAAACAUCAUGUUGAUGUUCAAGGCUUCAAUGUUUACCACAAAAAUCGCCUUAUUAAGCCAUUUUGGAGGAUAUGGAAUGCAGCAGGAAGUGAUGGUCGUGGGGUCAUAGGUGUCUUGGAAGCUGAUUUCGUUGAGCCUGCUCAUGAUAAGCAAGGUUUUGAGCGUACAACAGUUUUGUCUAGACUCGAGGCACGGCUAGUUCAAAUGCAGAAGACUUAUUGGAGAUCUAAGUGUCACAAAAUCGGAUAUGCCUCAAGGCAAGGCAAAAAGUCAGUAAAGGAUUCAGAAAACAGAGAAUCAUCACCAGAAUAUGUUCCUAAAGGAUCGGCCUCAUCAAGGAAAAGAACUGCCGCUUCGAGCUUCAAAACUCCAGCUGCAGCUUCCGAAAAAUUCGGCUCAAGAUCAAAUGUGAAUCUAGAAGGAAAAGGAUCUGUUAAAUCAGAGAACGGUGGUAAAGUUGAAAACACCUCUUCCAAGUCUAACAAACGAGCAAAGCCUCGAGGAGCUCGUGCUGGUGCUGUAGAGUUAACCAAUAGUGAUGAUGAUUCUUCUUCUUCUGAAAGAAUUGUCACUGAGCUUCCCGAGAAGAGUUCCGAACUACACAAGCCUCGGUCUGGUUCACGUACCCUUAGUCAAUUAGAACAAGAGAAUGAAGAGUUAAAAGAAAGUCUAAAUCAAAAAGAAGAAGUUUUCCUGUUAUUGAAAGACGAGCUGAAACGUGAGAAAGAGCUACGCAAGAAACUUGAAGCCGAGUUACAAACAACAAAAGACGAGUUAGAAGAAACGAAGAAAGAACAAGAUAGUUUAAUCCAGAUAUUCGCUGAGGAUAGAGACAGACGCGACAAGGAAGAGGACGAUCUCAGACUUAAGCUAGAGGAGGCGAUGCGAGCGUUGUCAGAUGGAAAAAAGGCUCGAGGGAGAUAAAGCAUUGAAGAACGGAGACGGGAUGUAGCUACAUUGAGGAUAAUAUUGACUCAUUAGGUUUUUUUUUGUUUUAACAUCCAUGUU